AUGGUGUUCAGAAAAUGUGAAAAGAAACUUGGUACGGUUAUCACCCCAGAUAUAUGGAAGGAUGGUGCAGGCAUCACAGAAAGUGGUGAAAGAAAGCUAAAUGAAAAGAAAGCUUUGACUUCAAAAAGAGCAAGAUUUGAUCCAUAUGGAAGGAAUAAGUUCUCCUCUUGCAGACUUUGUAAAAAUUCUGUGCAUCAACCGGGUUCUCAUUACUGCCAGGACUGUACCUGCAAAAAGCCCAUCUGCCAUGUGUGGGAAGAAAAGUUUGGAUACCCAAACUACAAGCAAACUUCUAUGUAG